UUUAUGCGGAGACUAGGAUUCAGCGUCGGACAAUUUUAACUGAUGGACCGUUGUAUGUUUACACGUGAGACCUCAAUUUAAAAUGGGAAAACUAAGGAAGAAACACAACUGGAAGGGAAGACUGCAAAAUGAAGCCCAACAACCAGCAGAGGAAGAGAAGACAAACGUUGUUGUGGAACUUCAAGAUGGGGCCAGGCUAAAAGGUGUAGACCAGAGCAACGCUUUGGUCCUCCCAGCCAACAGAGUCAACAAGAAGAAAGCCUCAGUGACACCUGUCUCCACCAAAAAGCCCCUCACCAAGAAGCAGAGGAAAGAGCUGCAGAAGGUCCUGGAGCGCAAGGAGAAGAAAGCUCAGAGAGCAGACAUCCUCACCAAACUGGCUGAGGUGCAGCUUCCAGAGUCUGAACUGAAGCUGCUGUACACCACAUCCAAACUGGGAACAGGAGACAAACUCUACCAGACCAAACAGUUACCAGAUGAAAUAAUAAAUGGAGACUCAGGACCAAAGAUCAGCAGCCUCAGUGGAGCGAACAGAAAAAGAAAAUGGAGAGAAGAGGAGGACGAAGAAGAGGAAGAAAAGGCAGAAGAAAGCAGCGAGUUGGACACCUCGUCUGAUGAGGAGGAGGAGGAUGAAGAAGUGAACGAGACCACAGUGAAGACAGCCUCUCCCUGUCACGAGACAGGGGACAAACAGGAAGUGAAGGGAGACCAACCCAAAACGGAACAAGAUGGACAGAAUGAUAAGACUUCAGAUCAGGAGAAAGUGGAAAACAAGACGCCGUCGCAGCCGGCUGUCUUUAUUCCCGUCGACCGAUUAGCAGAAAUACAGGAGGCUCGUCUGAAGCUGCCCGUGCUGGCGGAGGAGCAGGUCAUCAUGGAGGCAGUGAGGGAAAACCCCUGCGUCGUCAUCUGCGGAGAGACAGGAAGUGGAAAGACCACUCAAGUGCCUCAGUUCCUGUAUGAAGCCGGCUACGCCAGCGGCAGCGGAAUAAUCGGAAUCACAGAACCAAGAAGAGUGGCUGCUGUCAGCAUGUCUCACAGAGUGGCCAAAGAGAUGAACCUGUCCACACGGGUGGUGUCAUACCAGAUUCGAUACGAGGGGAACGUGACCAGCGAUACCAAGAUCAAGUUCAUGACGGAUGGUGUUCUACUGAAGGAGAUUCAGAAGGAUUUCCUGCUCCAGAGAUACAGUGUGAUAAUCAUAGACGAGGCUCAUGAAAGGAGUGUCUACACAGACAUCCUCGUCGGACUUUUGUCUCGUAUCGUCCCGCUCAGAAACAAGAAAGGUCUGCCCAUGAAGCUGCUGGUCAUGUCGGCUACUCUGAGAGUGGAGGACUUCACGGACAACGCCAAGCUGUUCCGGACGCCGCCGCCCGUCAUCAAGGUGGACGCUCGCCAGUUCCCGGUCACCAUACAUUUCAACAAACGCACCCCAAUGGAGGAUUACACAGGAGAAACUUUCCACAAAAUCUGCAAGAUCCACCGGAUGCUGCCUCCAGGCGGUAUCCUGGUGUUUCUGACCGGUCAGGCAGAGGUUCACAUUCUGUGCAGAAAACUGAGAAACGCUUUCCCCUUCAGGAGGGGUAACGCAACAACUGGUGAAGACGAGGAAGCAGAGACCUCAGAUGCAAUGAGGAAGUUUAAAAAGGCCAAACAGAAGAAGAGGGUCGCUCUGCCCCGAAUCGACCUGGACAACUACUCUGCUCUCCCGCUGGAUGAAGGGGACGAGGACAGAGAGGCGGGGAUUGGAUACGAGGAGGACGACGGCUCCGACCUGGAGAUCGGAGAAGAUCCCGCCAGCACAGAGGAGAAGGCCGACCCCUCUAUUCCUCUCUAUGUUCUCCCUCUGUACUCCCUGUUGGCUCCAGAGCAGCAGGCCAAGGUGUUCAGGCCUCCUCCACCUGGAACUCGUCUUUGCGUGGUCGCCACCAACGUGGCUGAGACGUCCCUGACCAUCCCCGGCAUCAAGUACGUGGUCGACUGCGGACGAGUCAAGAAGCGCUUCUACGACCGGGUAACCGGAGUGUCGUCCUUCAAGGUCACGUGGACAUCCCAGGCCUCAGCCAAUCAGAGGGCGGGUAGAGCGGGACGAACGGAGCCGGGACACUGCUACAGGUUGUACUCGUCUGCAGUAUUCGGAGACUUCAGUUUGUUCUCAGAGGCAGAAAUCACUCGCAGGCCCGUGGAGGACCUGGUUUUACAGAUGAAGGACCUCAACAUAGAGAAGGUGGUCAACUUUCCCUUCCCCACGUCUCCGUCUGCCGAGGCUCUCGUUGCAGCAGAGCAGUUGUUAAUCUCGUUGGGAGCUCUGAAAGAGCCACCUCGCACAGGAAGUGUGAAAGAGAUGGAGCGAGCAAGGCUGAGCUGUCCCAUCAGCCCCCUGGGCAGAGCGAUGGCUUCGUUCCCUGUGGCACCGCGUUAUGCUAAAAUGUUAGCUCUCGGUAAGCAGCAGGAUUGUCUGCCUUACGUCAUCGCUGUGGUAGCAGCCAUGACAGUCCGGGAGCUCUUCGAAGACCUCGACAGACCUUCAGGUAGUGAAGACGAGAGCUCCAAGCUCACCCAGCGUCGAGCUCGGCUGACCCAGAUGAAGAGGUUGUGGGCUGGGCGAGGAGCAUCGCUGCUGCUGGGGGACCUCAUGGUCAUGCUGGGUGCUGUUGGUGCUUGUGAAUUCGCUGGUUGCACUCCUACGUUUUGCGAGGAGAACGGCCUGAGGUAUAAAGCCAUGGUGGAGAUCAGGAGGCUCAGAGGACAACUUACCAACGCAGUGAACGCAGUGUGUUCAGAGGUGGGAGUAUUUGUGAAUCCCAAGAUGACUCCGCCCACUGAGCACCAGGUGGUUUGCUUGCGGCAGAUUGUUCUUGCAGGACUGGGAGACCAUCUCGCAAGGCGCGUACAGGCAGAAGAUAUACUGGACCCCAAAUGGAGGAAUGGAUACAAGACGCCUCUCCUGGACGACCCGGUGUUCAUUCAUCCCAGCUCUGCGCUGUUCAAAACGCUGCCAGAGUUCAUAGUCUACCAGGAGAUCAUGGAGACCACCAAGUUGUACAUGAGAGGUGUGUCAGCAGUAGAAGCAGAGUGGAUCCCCGACCUUCUGCCCCAGUAUUGUCAUUCGGGCUCCCCUCUGGAGUCGCCGUCACCGUGGUUCUGUUCGUCCACCGGCACCAUCAGAUGUCACCGCCCAAGCACCUUCUUCCGUGUAGCUUGGCAGCUGCCAGCAGUGGAGAUGGAAUAUCCAGACGGCCUCGAGCGUUACAAACUGUUUGCCAGGUUUCUGCUCGAGGGACAGGUUUGUCCUAAACUAAUGAACCACAGCAGCCACCUCCUCUCAAACCCCUCCAUCAUGCUGAAAACGUGGGCAAAGCUUCAACCGAGGACGGAGGCUCUGCUGGGAGUGCUGGUGUCAAAGAGGGUUGACUGCAGAGAUGCCCUCCUCUCUGUCUGGGAAACUGAAGAUAAAUUCCUGUUGUCUGCAUACUGCCAGUGGUUACCUGAAGCCUUGCAUCAAGAAGUGGCAAAAAGUUGGCCUCCGAUAUGAAGACCUACAUCUAAAAAAGAAUGCAGAAAAAUUGGAUUACACACUUGAUAAGAGAAUCAUGUCGAUUUACAAAUCUGUUGAAUUCCCUUCUUGCCAUUAUAAGGCGUCUUCAGACCUUCAGAUUUUUUAAAUGUUCUCUCAAAGUUAAACUACAAUACUACAACACUGCCUUCUCUCAGUUUUAUAUUUUAUAGACUGUAUCUGUGACUUGUACAGUUUUCAACUAGAGCUCUAUAAUGACUUUUAACUUGUUAUCAGUGUGCUGUUUGUCUGAUUUGGUCUUCAUAAGACUCAUUAAAACCGUGUGGCUCUGAAUAAGGCUGCUGUGCGAUUUAUUCAUGAUCUAUGUAAACUGGUUGGUAAAUAUUAAAUGGCAGCUCCACUGAUUUUACACGUCAGUGACAGUUUACUAGGCUUGAAGAGUAUCCG